AUGAGGGAUCGUUCGUCCAACUAUGUGGAGAAAACUUAUAUUGGACAGGAAAGCAAGGAUACCGACGAUUUGCUGCACGGCACACAGAUCGCUGCACCACAUGGUGAAGCGAACUUGCGCUGUAAAGGGACAUCGAGUGGAUUGGCGAAAGUGAAUCAUAGCAUGCGACCAAGCAUUGAUUCUUGUAGGACCGCGUCUGGAGACGACCUUGUCGGAAUAACUGGACAUCGCGACGGGUGA